AUGCCCAGAAAGGAAUCAUGUCCUCACGCCGCCGGAUGGGUGCAGCUACUUGAGGUUGUGUCCAAAAGUGCCAAACGUCGUGCCAAGCGUGACACCAAGCAGAAGAAGGAUGAGGAACUGUCCAAUGUGAUCAUCCCACUUCGGAAGCCCCCUGGCCAGUACCACCCCGGCUUUUUGCCAAUCCGGCUCCUUCUGAUUAUGAAUCUCAUGGAAGCAGCUUUCGUGCCACCUGAACCGUAUGAUUGCGUCGACCUCUUCAGUGGCAAGAGGGCAAUUAGCAAGGCUUACAUUGCCCAGGGCAAGCGUGCUUGCUCAUUGGAUUUCGCCCACGAUGAAAAGGAUGAGGUACAAGCCGAAGAUCAGAACAACGGCCGCUUGGACACCGGCUGCUUGGUUAAGAAAUUGGACAAAUCCAAAUUUGAGAAGAGUACCAGCACUCGCCAAUACCAGAAUGCAGACGGGGAGGUCAAGUUCCAAGGAACUCCCAACUUGGUGGAUACACAAGUGUAUCCUCCAAAGUUUGGAAGAAAGGUAUGCAAGGUGUUCACGAACUACGCAUCGUCUCCAUCCUGGCCCCAGCAUGUUGACCACACCCCCGACAGCUGGAAUGACGCAAAGAUUCUAGCUUGCAAGAGGUUUGUCCGGGUGGGGACACAAAUCUUUUGGAAAGGGUUGUCAACACACAGGGACUUAAAUGUAUAUGAUUGCCAUCAUAUGAAACACCCACGAUCAUACCAUUUUUGA